AUGCUCGCCAAAUCCCUCCUCCUCACCCUGUGCGCCACGGCCUCCACCGUCGUCGCGACCACCGACAUCAUCCACUUUCUCUACGCGACCGACUCCUACAGCGACAUCCAGGGCGCCGGCAGCGGCUACUCCGCGGGCUUCACCCUGACCGACAACGACGGCAACACCAUCUACAACAACGCCGACCCCGGCGGCUACGCGCCCUGCAUGGACAACAGCGAGAAGGUCCAGUACACCUCCGACUGCUUCACUGGCACCUGGACCUUCGGCUGCGAGUCCGCCUUCGACGGCAGCCCCAAGCUCUGCAGCGCCUACGACCCCGACGGCACCGCCUACCCCGGCAAGGCCAAGGAGUCCCUCGAUUUCAUUGGCAUCAGCGCCGGCAUCACCGGCACCUGCAGUGGCGAGGUUACCAUCCCUGGCAACACUUGUACCUCUGAUAGCACGUUCAAGGUUGUGAAGCGCUACCGGGGGAACUAUAAGUCUGUUUAG